AUGGCCGGCGCCUAUCCCCAGGAAAUCCAAGUCGCAUUCGGCGGCAACCAUGUAUUGCGCAAGCGCGUGCAUGAGGCCAUCGACCAGAACCCCACCCAGAGCACGCUCUUUCGCGAUAUCUCGAUUUACAUGCUGCACCGGACGUCGCAGUCGCCAAGCGAGCCCGCAGCGAAGAAGCGAAAGCUUGACGACAGCAACGGAGCGCAGAAUGGGCUUGUGGCGUCGGCUGGGCUGGCCAGCGCUGCCGUGAAUGCGUGGCGGUCAUAUCCCGGCGUCAGCUUCUCGAUCCCGCAACGGAAGAAAUACACGCUCGAGCUUGUGGACGACAAGCGCCAUGGCGGCAUACGGGCUGUGGGCGCUGACGGCAGUGUGGAAUUCGGCAUCCCUUGGAAGCAGGUCGAGCAGGUCUUCUGCCUCCCCGUCCCCGAGAAAGCGAAGCGACAGCACAACUUCGUCGUCCUCCCUGUCCACGGUGACGGCGUGAACCCAGUCCCCGACCAUGCCAAGAACUCGCCCCCCGAGCCUAUAGUAUGGACAUUCGAAGAGGCGACAGGCAAGAACAUUGUGGAAGGCGAAGACCCCGGUCCUGGGCCAAUGGCUGAAGCUAUCCACCAUUGCUUGAUACAGGCGGGCACCGCGAAGACAGUUAUAUUCCCGGAUCCUGAGCAAUUUGAAAGCGCAAUCCCGCAGAGUCACCGCAAGGGCGAAAAGGGAUACCACGUCAAGGCGCAUAGGGGAAGCAAGGAGGGAUACCUCUUCUUCACCUCCGUGGGCAUCGUAUACGGCUUCAAGAAACCUCUAGCUUUCUUCGACUUCGCCUCUAUAAACUCCAUAUCCUACACCGCCGUUCUCCGCAACACCUUCAAUCUCGUCAUCACCACACCGACCGCAGAGAUCGAAUUUGGAAUGCUCGACCAGGCGGACUACAGCGGGAUCAACGAAUAUGUGCAGAAGCACGGGUUACAAGAUGCUAGUCUGGCGGCCACAAGGAGGGCUAAGAAGCUCAACGUCAACCCGCCUGCUGAGAAAGAGAAUGGAACGAGUGGUGCUGCUGCUGCCGAGGAGGGGGAUGGCGAGACAGAGCUGCAGAAGGCGGAGAGGAUGUUGCAAGAUCAAGAGGAUGAUGAAGAAGAGGACUACAAUCCUGGCAGCGAAGGCGAGAGCGACGGCAGCGGGGAGGAUAGUGAGGAUGAAGAAGGUAAUGGAGGCGACGAAGAGGGCGAGGGUGGAGAGUAUGAGGAGGGAUACGAGGAGGGUUAUGAUGAAGGCGAAGGCGAAGAGAUGGAAGACCACGAAGAGCAAUACUGA